AUGUCAUUGAUAGAAGAAAAGGCCGACACAUAUGUUCAAGAAAGACUAGAUGCCUUAUACGAAAUAGAUUGUAAGAUCGUAUCCUUAUUAGAUGGGAUAUCGACCUUAUUUCAAACUUACUCCACCACCAAAAACAACACCAAUACUCAUCAAUUAAAAGAACAAUUAUCAGAUCAGACCGAGAAUGUAUAUGAUAUAUUGAGUAAAGUGGCUAUUGAUUUACGUAAGGAGGUUAAAGCUAUGGAUGGGAAUAUUGGAGUGUAUGAUAAGAAUAAAGAUGGAGUUAUGAUUUUACCUAUUGGGGUUGAACAAAAGAAUUCAAGUUUAGGUAAAAAGAAAUUGAAUGAAUCAUUGAAGGAGUUAGAUGGGUUAUUGGGUAUAACUGAAGAGGAGGAGGUAGUGGAAGAGGAGGUGGUUCCUAAGGAAGAACCUAAACCAGAAGUGAAUGAUAAAGAUGGAGAUGUUGAUGUUGAAAUGGAAGAAGUUGAGGCAGUUGUACCUACUGACGAUAUACCCAAGGAAGAGGAACCUACUGUGGAGAUCAAAGAGGUGGUACCUGAAAUUGCCGUUGAAGAGACUAAGGAUGAAGUUAAAGAGGAAGAGGCUACUGCUAUUACGACUGAUAUCCCUACUGGAACUAUUGUAGAGGAUAAACCAGAGGAAGCUGAAGCUGAUGAUGAUGAUGAUUUAUUUGAAGAUGUAUAA